AUGGAAACCUUUUGCCUCAAGGUGACCUUUUGGGUAGCGCUGGUUGGAUAUGUAAUCGGUGAUCAUCCUGAGAGCUACAGCACAAACCUAAGCACUCCAGUGGAUUUCACCACUUUUCAUGGAACAGAACUCAGCUUCCUGGUCACCACUCAUCGACCCACUAAUUUGGCCCUACCUAGCAAUGGCUCAAUGCACAGCUAUUGCCCACAGCAGACUAAGAUUACUUCAGCUUUCAAAUACAUUAACACUGUGAUAUCUUGUACUAUUUUCAUCGUGGGAAUGGUGGGGAAUGCAACUCUGCUCAGGAUCAUUUACCAGAACAAGUGUAUGAGGAAUGGCCCCAACGCACUGAUAGCCAGCCUUGCCCUUGGAGACCUUAUCUAUGUGGUCAUUGAUCUCCCUAUCAAUGUGUUUAAGCUUCUGGCGGGGCGCUGGCCUUUUGAUCACAAUGACUUUGGCGUAUUUCUUUGCAAACUGUUCCCCUUUUUGCAAAAGUCCUCGGUGGGGAUCACCGUCCUCAAUCUCUGCGCUCUCAGUGUUGACAGGUACAGAGCAGUUGCCUCCUGGAGUCGUGUCCAGGGAAUUGGGAUUCCCUUGAUCACUGCUAUUGAGAUAGUCUCCAUCUGGAUUCUUUCUUUUAUCCUGGCCAUCCCUGAAGCUAUCGGUUUCGUCAUGGUGCCCUUUGAAUAUAAGGGUGAACAGCACAAAACCUGUAUGCUCAAUGCCACAUCAAAAUUCAUGGAGUUUUACCAAGAUGUAAAGGACUGGUGGCUCUUUGGGUUCUAUUUCUGUAUGCCUUUGGUGUGCACUGCAAUCUUCUAUACCCUUAUGACCUGUGAGAUGUUAAAUAGAAGAAAUGGCAGCUUGAGAAUUGCACUCAGUGAACACCUUAAACAGCGUCGAGAAGUGGCAAAAACAGUUUUCUGCUUGGUUGUAAUUUUUGCUCUUUGCUGGUUCCCGCUUCACUUAAGCCGUAUUUUGAAGAAAACCGUGUACGAUGAGAUGGACAAGAACCGAUGUGAAUUACUUAGUUUCUUGCUGCUCAUGGAUUACAUCGGUAUUAACUUGGCAACCAUGAAUUCAUGUAUAAACCCAAUAGCUCUCUACUUUGUAAGCAAGAAAUUUAAAAACUGUUUCCAGUCUUGCCUCUGCUGUUGCUGUUACCAGUCCAAAAGUCUGAUGACCUCGGUCCCCAUGAAUGGAACAAGCAUACAAUGGAAGAACCAUGAACAAAACAACCACAACACAGAGAGGAGCAGCCAUAAGGACAGUAUAAACUAG